UCAUAUUACACAUCCAAUAAAACAACGCAAACUUGAUUAGUUUUGGACACGUUUCGUUUUUUUAUUAACGCCCUCAUUAAACACAGCUGUGAAUGAUGAGGUGCAGUAUUCAAUAUUUACGGAAAACACAGUUUAUCAUCACAUUUGAACAGGGAAUAAGAAGAAAGUAGGGCACUCCAAAGUUGGCCAGACAAAUCAUUAAUAAUGAAAGAUAUUGUAGUGUUCGUUGUGGCAAUAUGUGUUCUUGGCAUUGCUGGAAAUACUCUCGUGAUCGCUUCAAUUUUAAAACAAAAGAUUCUGUUAAAGAAGAACUACUACUUUCUUGUCUUGCAUCUUGCAAUAUGUGACGCAUUUGUACUAUUGAGUAUAUUUUUCUUUGAGAUCUUUGAACACCAUUUGAAAAGCAAACCAAUUUUGUUAAACUGCUCAUAUAUAAGUGGCAUAGAUACUUUUUUUCAAAUAGGUGGAGUAUCUAUGAUGUUGAUCAUUUCAGUUCUACGUUAUCGUGCGAUAGUUCAUCCAUUGAAACUUUCCUUCAGUCGACAAAAGAUAAAAAUCGUUUGUGGUUUAGCGUACAUCAUUGGCUUAGUUACGACAGUUGGAAUGACAUUUCAAGAGUGCAUUGUGGAUCCUCAAGCUCGUUAUUUUAUUUACGAAUUGUUUGCGUUUUAUUCAUGUUUCUACAUUUUCCCAAUAAUCUUCAUGACUGUGACUUAUUCCAUAAUCGCUCAAGCAUUGAUUAAACAAAGAAAAGCACUACGAACACUCUCCAAUCCGACACAUUCUCAUCUACAAUCCUCUACCAGCUCAAGUCUUCAAAGAUAUAAUCGGCAUAGUAAGACAUUUAUUGUUUGUGUCAGCACAGUUCUCUGCUUCACAGUGGGUCACGCUUGUUUUUUGGUUGUAGACGUGCUAUAUUUAAACAACACUGUUCCCUCAAAUUCAUCCACCAAUCUUUACGUUGUUUAUGUUCUCCGUCUUUUUGGCUCACACGCGUUAAAUCCUCUGAUCUAUGGAAUAUUGGAUAGAAAAAUGUUGUUUUUAUGGAAAUGCUGCCCCAAAAUAAGACCAAUCUAAGUUGUUUUCAGUAUCAAAAAGUAGAGAUUUUUUAUAUAGGGGCUCCUUUAUGUAUUUCGAACAUUAUAAAGUAGCUAGAAUAUAAUUUAGUUCUGAAUUGCUUUGUGAGCGUUUAUAUGAUUCUAAGAAAUGCAUUUUUGUUGAUUUCCAACAAUACAUAAUUUCAUAAUAGUAUUGUAAAUCAAGUCGGCAUGUUUUCCAUCUCUUUAUUUACUUUACAAAUAAAAUAAAUAAAUGUGUUCGACAUGAUGAUCUCAAAA